CUUAAUAUAUAUUGCAAAUCUGAUUUAAAAAUACACUUCAAUUCCUUAUUUUCAUCACAUUUGCUUAUGACUAAAAGCUAUUUGUAGUCAUUUCAAUUGGCACUCUUCAAGUUGAGGUAAUGUACUCUUAAGUUUGAUGCCACUUGCAGUCUUUCUAUGUGAUACAUUCUUACUAUAUAAGAUUGCAUCAUAAGCAAAUACUAACAAGAUUUCAUUGUUUUAAAAAUGUAACUUGAAAAACAGUAUUUAUAUAGUAUUUUUAAAUAUUACAAAUAAUACAAAUAAUUAAAAUACCUCUUAUAUUCAACAGAAACCUGAGGCCGAUCAUAAACUCAUUUCUAGAACCCAGUUGAAGUGAAUUAAAUGAGUUCAUCAGAUGGCAAUUUAACAGUUAUGCAAAAUAAACACAGGACGGUAUAUGUAUUGUUCUUGUCAAUAAAUAUGCCUUGGGACUCUAGUGAUGUUCUGUUGAAGACACAUUAUUGUUACUAUUCUAGCUAUUCUUUCCCUAAAAUACAAGAUAUUAUUUGGUGUUAACCUUCCUCCGCCUAACUUGAUUUGUAAUUUGGAAUUUCUAUAGGUUAGACUUCAAAUAUUUUUUUUAAAGGUUUGUAAUGACUGGAGAGUUUUGACCUAAUGCAACGGCUGAUCUCAUGCACAUAAGUCUUGUGCCAAAUGGCAGAGUCACGAUUUUAUCUGCCAUAGUGUAGUUUAUUUAAAAGUAUGGAAUUCAGUAGCUACAUCUAAGCUUUUAUUCAAAAGUAUGUAUAACCAGCCUGGUAAAUUGGUAAAAAAAUUGCUUGAAAGAGACCAGUGCCUGACAUAACUGUAUGCAGGAAAGGCAAUAAAUAAUUGUUUAGUGGCUAAACUGGUGGUGUUCGUCUCAGGAAAUACACUAUAUACAUACAUACAUACAUACAUACAUACAUACAUACAUACAUACAAAUACACACUUUCAUUUUACAUCCCUUACAUCCAAUCAAUUUGAUGGGAGCAGCUUAUAAAUCCAGUGAAUAAAAAUAACAAAAAAUUCUACAAACAAUUUUUAAUUAUAACUAUGAAGCAUGCUUGGUGCUAAUGUUGAUAACAGGACUUCCUGAAGAUUGAUAACAGUCCAUGCUCUUUCCUUAGGAAGGAAAUGAUUAGAGGCUAGCUGAUGGGUUUAAAAAAAAAAAAAAGUAGCCCACUUAGUGAAUCUCUUAUAAUUUGUGAUAUGAAUUACAUAUGGGAAUCUUGGGGAGAAAAGUAUUCUGUUUAUAAGGAUGACACUUGUUUCCUCAGCAUCUUACAUAAGGAUCUAUCAGAAACCCAACAUCUGCUAUCUAUGGGGGGGAGGGGGUGGCUGUAGGGAGGGCAAGUUUGUAACAUCUCAGCAAAAAAAAAAAAAAAAUUCCACCAAACAACCUGCUCAUAGAGUUUCCAUAUAUUAGAGUUAGGAAAUACAUCACAAGGGCUUUGUAAAUUCACAGGAAAUUAUCCCAUAAAGCAUACUGAAAUCUUUCUAAUGAUUUUUAAUUCUAUUUGAAUGGAAACGAGAGGAGGAAUGGAAAUGAUGUUAUCUAAAACACUUUUAAUAGUUGUCUCUGCUGGACUUCCUCAACUCUUCUACAACCCUCUUGAGAAGCAGCAGUAAAAAAGUGAAGUGGGGGUUUGAUUUAUAUAUGCUCGUUUAAGCAUCACUGGCACAAACCUCAAGCCAUCAUCAUCCCAAGUCGCCCAUUUUUCCUUCAUCUUCAUUCUUCAGAUACCAUCAGGUUCUGCCUCAAGUUCCUUUGGAUCAGUUAAUCAGUUCCUGGAAUAAACAGCUUUGUCAGUCAAUACUGCUUACAAUUCUUUCUGAAUUAUUAGAAUUUCAUCUUUUUCCUUACCUAAGAUUACCUGAGUUUCUUGGCCAGAAUAUUAACACAUCUUCCACCACCACCCACUUUUCGUUUAUUAAAAAGUUUGUUUUCCUGAGAAAAGGCUGUACAUUCUUGUCCCUGCUAAUUUAUCAGUUAAAAGAUAAAUUAGUGUAUAUAAAAACUGGUUUGGUAGUGAUGAGGCAUCAGGUUAGAAUCUGGGAAACUAGUCCUUAGGCACUAAGAUACAAAACUGGGUUACCUUAAACCACUUACUUUCUCAGCCUGGGAAGGAAGCAAUGGCAAAAUCCUUGCCCAAAUAACCCUGCAGGGACUUGUUCAGGCAGUCACUAGGAGUCAUGGCUGACUUGAACCUGCCUCCCCUUCCAAAAUCUCACAGGAUACUUCAGCAAUUAUCUAUUUUAACAAGUCCCCAUCCAACUCAUUCAAUGUAUGAAAAUUAACCCAAAAAUGGCAAGGGGGUGGUGGUUAAUGACGCUUCCUUGCAACAGUUCUUGGGCCCUAAUAGAAGUUUGCUUCAGCUUGUUUCAAGAGCAAGCAUUCCAUCAUUUUCAUGUUUUAUUGUUAAUAUUCCCCAGCUCCUGCUGUGGAACUUCUGCAGGAUAUCUGAUAAAUUGCUAUCUUUAGCUCAUGAUGGCUUUGUGGGGAGGAAGCAGUUUAGGAAAUGUGUCAUGGUUGUGGUUAUUAGAAGUAUGAUAGAAUUAGUGUUACAGCAUGACCAGCGUAGUGCCUGGAAAGAAAGAAUAUGAAGAAGAUGGUUAAAGGCCACAAGUCCUUGGAUUCGCUUGUCAUGGUCUUGCCCAUCCUGGUGGGAUUUCUAUUCCUUUGCCAAAGAGGAUGGACUCUCAAUUUGCAUGCUGAUGCCCCCACUGUGUAUUCUGGCCCUACUGGAAGUUAUUUUGGAUUUGCCUUGGACUUCUUCGAGGACAGUAAAGGAAGCAUGAAUGUAGUCGUGGGGGCACCUCGGGCCAACACAUCGCAGCCUGGUGUGAUAGAAGCAGGUGCAGUGUAUUUGUGCCCCUGGAAACCUAAUGGUAGUAACUGCAUCCCUAUUGAGUUUGAUACUAAAGGUGAUCAAAUGGCAAAACUUGGCCUCAUUACUGUGAAAACCUUCAAGUCUAAACAGUGGUUUGGAGCAUCUGUAAACACCUGGAAACAAAGUAUCAUGGCUUGUGCCCCACUGCAACACUGGAAUGCCAUAGAGGAAAAGGAUGAGGCCACUAAAACUCCAGUGGGCAGCUGUUUCUUGGCCACAAGUGACCGUCAGAAAUUCUCUGAAUACUCUCCAUGCCGUCAGAUCCAAAUGCACUCUGUUUACAAUUCAAGUGGAAAUGACAAGCGUUACUGUGAAAUUGGAUUCAGCUUCACUAUCUCUCAGUCUGGUAGGCUGAUGCUUGGUGCACCAGGUGGAUAUUACUUCACAGGUUUGUUCUAUUCAGUUGCCCUGUCAGAGGUUGAAGCAAAAUAUCCUCAUUCAUCUUCUGCUUUGUUGUGGUAUGUGAGUUCAGAACUGGUAACAGAGGAUUAUACAAUGAAGAAAUAUGAGGAUGGAUACCGGGGUUACUCUGUGGCUUUGGGGGAGUUUAAUGAAGACUCAACAUCACAAGAAUAUGUAGUGGGCAUUCCUAACAUGAGCCUGACACAAGGAGCGGUGGAAAUUCUUACCAGGACCUAUAAAUUCCACAUUCUCUGGACUAUCUCCAGUGAGCAGGUGGCAUCAUAUUUUGGGCAUACAGUGGCAGUUGCUGAUAUCAAUGGAGAUGGGAAAGAUGACAUUUUAGUGGGUGCUCCUCUUUUCAUGGAGCGCCGCUCAGAUGGGAAACUCUAUGAAGUGGGAAGAGUUUACUUAUACCUACAGCGGAGGAGCCCGCGCCCUUACAGAACUCCUUGGCAGAAGUUGACUGGCACAGAUAUCUAUGGCCGUUUCGGCAUGGCUAUUGCACCUUUGGGUGAUAUAGAUCAGGAUGGCUACAUUGACAUAGCCAUAGGAGCACCCUUUGCGGGCCAAGAUGGAGGUGGCCAGGUUUACAUCUACUGUGGGCACAGUGAAGGACUGAGCGCAUCUCCAAGCCAAAUCCUCAAGAAUCCUUUUUCUGAGUCUGCUGGUUUUGGCUUUGCCAUCCGUGGAGCCUCUGACAUUGAUGUUAAUGGCUAUCCUGAUGUGCUAGUUGGUGCUUUCAGAACCAACAAGGUAGCUGUCUACAGAGCUCAGCCAAUGAUUACACUCAAAGCCCACCUUUCCAUACCUGAUGUGCUUGAUUCAGAGAUGAAAACGUGUCCAGGAGCACAGGCCAGCUGCUUCAACAUCCAGAUGUGUGUAGGAAUGUCGGGAAAGAACAUUCCAUCAGAAAUUGAAUUAAACACAGAGCUACAGCUGGACCAUAUGAAACAGAAAUUUGGGAGGCGGGUUUUAUUGCAGCAAACCCAACAACCAAGCCAGUUAUUCCAACUGAAAUUGUCCAAAAAAAUUUCCUCGACUUGUAAGAAUGUCACGGCUUACUUACGGGAUCAAGCUGAUUUCAAAGACAAACUGAGUGCCAUUGUUGUGAGUCUCAACUUCAGUUUGGCAUCCUUCUUCAGAGCUGGAAUUCUGCAACCUAUUUUGUCUGGCCAAGUGAUGGUCCAGGAACAGACCCGCAUCAUUCUAGAUUGUGGAGAAGACAACAUCUGCAUUCCAGAUCUCAAACUCUCUGCUCACACGAAUGAAGCUUUCCUACUUAUUGGAGCUGAGAAUGUGGUUCUCAUCCAGAUUAUAGCAACAAAUGCUGGCGAAGGAGCCUAUGAAACUGAGUUAGUAGUGGAGCUGCCAUUUGGGGCUUACUUCCAAAAAGCUAACAGCAGUGCACAGAAACUGAUCUGUAAUUUCCGCAAGGAGAAUGAAACCCAACUGGUGUCUUGUGAAGUGGGCAACCCAAUGAAAUCCCAUACAGAGAUCAAAUUGGAUUUGGAGCUAAGUAUCAGCCAGUUAGAAGAUGCCAAUAGUAGCAUUGUCUUCGUGCUACAACUCAAGAGUAAGAAUAGCCAGAAUCCCAACAGCAAUAUAGAACGGUUGCAGGUGCCACUCAAGGUUGAUGCACAGGUAGAGCUGUUUGGAAUCUCUAUACCAGCUGCAACUGUGCUCCCAUGGACUCUUGAGAAUUUUAAGAACAAGAGCAAUGAAGUUGAUGACUAUGGACCAAAAAUCGAGCAUAUCUAUCAGUUGCAGAAUGCAGGUCCUAGCACAGUAUCUGGAGCUGAUUUGCUUGUGUAUUUCCCCAGUCACUUCUGGAAAGGCUUCUUGCUUUAUAUCACAAGAGUGAGCACAGAAGGUAACAUCAUUUGUUCAUCUACAAAUGAGACCAAUCCUCUAAAGCUAAAAGUCCAAGAGCCCACAAUUGACCCCAGCAAUCUGACUAUCCCCUCAUGGCGUUGGCGUGAGAGGCAUAAUGUCAGCUUUUCAACAUUUAAGGAACGUAUUGAAGUGAAUUGUAGCAGCCAACUGUGUGCUGUCAUUCACUGCCAAGUGGGAACAUUGGAGAGGGGCCAUGGAGCUAUGGUGACUAUUCAUUCAGUCCUGUGGCUGCCAAGUUUCCAGGAGCAGUUUCCAAAGCAGCUCCUUAUCCAAUCCCGGGCCCAGUUCAUUGCCACAGGGAUGCCUUACAACAUUCAGCCAGAAGUUCUACCGAAUGGGGCUGCCCUGGCUAAAACGCUGGUGGAAUGGGUGAAUCCUGAUGCUGAGAGAGACAUCCCUACAUGGUGGAUCUUAACAGCUGUGUUGGUGGGACUUUUCCUCCUUGCAGUCUCCAUUAUUGUUCUUUGGAAGACAGGCUUUUUCAAGAGAAAGCGACCACCCACUGAGGAUGAAGAGCAGCUAACUCAUGAUCCUGGAGUUCAGUCAGCUGGAGAGGGGCAAUAGAGUAUUUUAUUCCUUCCAUAUCUAAUCUCAUUAUUGAAUGGAUCCCUUCCUUUCCUGUUCCUAUUCUCAACAGGCAGUUUGUAAAGAAUAUAAUUUUUACUCACUUCCUAGAUGGGCAAGUCAUAUUUUCAUCAGUUCCUCGAUUUCCAAAAUCAGCUUUUUGGAAAAGCUUUCUUACAACCCUACCCAAGUGGGGUUACCAAUUGCAGAUUCAAAAACUGACUUAUAAUAAUGAAAAACAGUAAUGGAAGAUAAUGUUAUAAAAACUCAAUACUUUAAAUCACAGGUGUCAAAACCCGCCGCAUCAUGUUGCCGUGACGUUUUGCAACGUUUCCCCCCUUCGCGGAGCUGGGGCGGCGUGGCCUGCAUGUGACGCAUCCGGCCCAUGGGCUGCCAGUUUGACACCCCUGCUUUAAAGAAUCCUUCACAACCUUAAAUGAAAACAUUUUGCUUAUUAAAGGGAGAGUGAAUAGUAAAAAAUUGCUUAAUGUAUUAAAUGCAUAUGAAAAUUGUCCAUAUUCUAUCAACAUUCUUGCAGCUAAGAAAAUUCUAAUUUUCUUUUAAAUAAUGAUAUUUUUGUAUAGUGUAUUUUGUUCUUUUUUAUAACAUUUCCCUUUAUUAUAUAACUCUGUUCCAGACUGCAAUAUUCCUUAAUAAUUAAGGUAUGAACACUCUUGUAAAAAAUGUGUGGGCUGAGAAAUUAUUAACCAUUCCUAAUUCACAACCAGUCAGUUCCCAGGUACAAUUCCGUCCCAAUAUUUUAUAAAAAGAGUAAAUAUUAAGACUUUUUACAUUAACAAUAUUGGCUUCUUUGAUUUUUUGUGGUCCAUGGGGAAGUCGGGUGGUGUUGAUGCUUAGGGUUGACUUCUGGGAUUACAAACAUCACCCCAGCAAUAUCUAGUCCAACAGAGAUUAAAGUCAUUUUGGGUCUGUUCCAAAGAUGAAGAUGUAGACAAGAGAAGUCUGCUGAAUCUUUUCCCUCAGGUGUCUUGUUUCCCUGGGGGCUGCUGAACUCAACAACUGGUUACACAAGGCAUGAAACAUGUUCUUCUGAUUUAUAAAAUAUCUUGCUGUUCAAUCAACAAAAUCUAUGAUUUACAUUUUUUAAAGGUGUGUUUUGGUAGUGUAGAACAAAAGCCAUAAUGUUUUGAAAAAAAAACCUGCAAGUCAUAUAGAGACUUCUUCAAAAGUUGUGAUUUGUUG